AUGAAUCAAGAUCCAAAUCAAACAAGCACAAAGCUUAGAAUAGCAGCUGCUAAAUUCAUUAAAAAUAGACAGCGUCCAAUGACUUCUCACGAAAUUGAAACCUUGAUUCGUGAAAAUGAUAAAGAACUCAGCAAGGUAAUUAAUUCGAAAUGUUCUGAUUAUGUUCGAAUUAUACUGUCUAUAACACAGGACAACAAUAUUAUUAAAUUUAGGAGCCUUCAACCAAUCCAAGGCAUUGAUAAGAGAUCUACUUUUUACGGUCUUUCUGAUGUGAAUUAUGAUUCCACAAAAUGGACUGUUGCCAGCAACAAGGUUCCUAAAUCCAAGAAAUCCCCGGUCAGUUUUCCGGCCACACCUAUUAUAGAGAAAGAAGAGACUAAACCAGCUAAAAUAGAGCAGCCAUCAAAGGAGUCAUCACUUGUACUUCCUCUAAUUGAUGACGUUCACUCAUUUGAUAGCAUUUUUGAGGAUUUCAAGUCAAGCCCAUUUGACUCAAGCUUAUACAUUAACUACUUUGUAGAGGAGUCGGAAUUCUCAUGCAUUGGACUAUGA